AUGCACGUCAACGCAUUUUUGGAAAGCAAGCUAUGGAGUAGCGGUUCGGAAUGGUUGAGCAAGUCGGAGGAGAACUGGCCACGUGAAAGCCCUUUGGAGCCAGUACCAGAAGAGCUGAUGGAGAGGGAAACGGUGGCGGCCGGGGCAACGUGCUCUGGAAAAUACAACGCAAUAUUCACUCGAUAUUCGCACUUCAACAAGAUGUUACGCGUAGUUGCAUGGAUUUCUCGCUUCCGACGCAAUUGCCAAUCGCGUCGUCUUGGUCAACCUUCAUGCCUGAACGCUACUUUGACGGUGGAGGAGCUGGAACGAUCAAAAGGUCUACUCCUGCGGUUAGUUCAGUCGGAGUCAUACUUACAGGAAAUCAAGGAUCUUCACACUGGAAAACUCGUUUCGCCAAGAUCCACUGUACGCGCUUUAAACCCGUUCCAAGAUGAGCAAGGACUGCUCCGAGUAGGUGGUCGUCUGCAGCAUUCUAAUGAGCCAUAUGAAAGCAAACAUCCAAUAUUAAUACCCGGAAAUCAUCCCUUCACCAAACUACUGGCUCGACACUACCAUCACAAACUUCUUCACGGGGGACCGCGACUAAUGCUAGCAGUUAUUCGGGAACAAUACUGGCCAGUAAACGGAAAACGACUGUUGCAUGGAAUCAUCAGAAGUUGCUACAACUGCACGCGAACCAAUCCUACUGUUAAACAGCCUAUGGGCCAGCUUCCCUACGCACGGGUAACACCAAGCAGAGCCUUUAGCAAUACUGGAGUUGAUUACUGUGGUCCUGUGUACCUGCGAGCCCCUCAUAGGAAAGCAGCACCCACAAAGGCAUACAUUUGUGUUUUUGUGUGCUUCAGUACUAAAGCCACACAUCUCGAGCUUGUGGGAGACCUUUCGACAGCAGCGUUUAUGUCGGCACUACGAAGAUUCAUCGCACGUCGGGGAAAACCAUCGCACAUACAUUCCGACAAUGGGAGGAAUUUUAUCGGCGCACGGAAUGAGCUGCAUGAGAUCUACAGGCGUCUACAAAACCAAUCGGAGCUGAAUCACAUUACUAACACCUGCGCGACGGAAGGCAUCCGUUGGCAUUUGAUUCCUCCGAAAGCACCCAAUUUCGGUGGACUUUGGGAGUCGGCGGUGAAGAUUGCGAAGCGUCAUCUACAACGGCAGCUACGGAAUUCCUUGCUAAAUUUCGAGGAAAUGGUGUCGGUAUUAGCACAAAUCGAGGCAUGCAUGAACUCGAGGCCUCUGGCACCUUUGGCGGAAGACACAAGUGACCUUUCUGCACUAACACCAGCCCAUUUUUUCAUUGGUUGCUCCCUUCACUCAAUACCGGACCCCAAUUUGCGGGACAUUCCACUCAACCGGCUGGACAGGUUUCAGCGACUGCAAGAGAAAGCACAACAAUUUUAG